AAUGGACAAGGGCAAGCGUCGUAGCAACUGUCACAAUGACUGUCAUUUAGCACAGCAAAAAUACGCCAUCGCGGUUGCAAAGGAAUUACGAAUAUCAUGGAUAUCGACGAGGAAGAGUUUGAGGCACCAACAUCCAGUAGCAGCCGAGGUGAGCGGAAGCGUUUCGAGGUCAAAAAAUGGAAUGCGGUAGCGUUGUGGGCUUGGGACAUUGUUGUGGACAAUUGUGCGAUCUGCCGGAAUCACAUUAUGGACCUCUGCAUCGAGUGCCAGGCGAAUCAGGCAUCGGCCACCAGUGAAGAAUGUACAGUGGCUUGGGGUGUCUGUAAUCAUGCGUUCCAUUUCCACUGUAUCUCCCGGUGGCUGAAGACCCGGCAGGUGUGCCCGCUUGACAACAGAGAGUGGGAGUUUCAGAAGUACGGCCAUUAAGGUGAUAUUGACCAGCGCGCAACACCGAUUAGCUUGAACGAAUUACACGAAGAGGACAAAAAUUGGUCGGGUAGCAUGCGGAAGUGAUCUAGUAUGCGGAAGGAAGGAACGUUCGUGCACACCCGUUCCGAGGAUCUGAAUAAAAGGAGUAUUUUAAAAUGCGAUCCACAUGCAUCAUACAAUAAAUUGAACUCUUUUACCGAAGAGCGAAUGUACACGUAAACAC